AUGAAACGUAGUACCUUUUCAUAUUUUUACUUGAACAAAUUUACACUGGAGAGAGCAACGUUUUCUCUUGGUUGUUUUUGGGAUCCCGAUGCUAGAUUCGGAGCAUUGGAUGGAGUCUUGGUAACUCGAGUUGGCUAUUGUGGUGGCACACAUCCAGCUACACCAACUUAUCGAACAAUUGGUGAUUAUACAGAAAGUGUACAAAUUGAGUUUGAUCCAACACAAAUAUCGUUUGCUCAGUUACUUACUUAUGUUAAUCAAUGGUAUACUCCAAAUACUUCGAAAACACGCAGUCAAUAUGCAGCUGCUAUUUUCUAUCACAAUGAAAAUCAACGGCAACAAGUCGAUGAAAUGAAAAUCGAGAAUGUACGUGUAGAUAUGUUUCAUAGAUUUUUUGAAGCAGAAGAUCAUCAUCAAAAAUAUAAUUUAAAACGAACAUUAAUGCAAACGGAAAUUUUCGGUAAAAAAGAAGAGUGGCAAAACAGAGAUGAAGAAAUGAUUACUAAAAUAAAUGGAUUUCUUGCUGGUUAUGGAUCAAACGAACAAUUUCGACAGUGGGAUAAACGCCGAGAAUUGACUCUAGAACAACAAAAUUAUAUCAAAGAUCGACUGAGAAAAUAG